UAGCCUGCGUGGAGAUAUGUAUUCUUUGGCAUCGACAAUUUUUUUUAGGAAGGGAUGGAUUCACCGUUUGAAAUGCAUACUUUUUCCGGGUGUGUCGACAUUACAUGCUUUGUGUCAGGAGGCGCUGUAUGGCGGACGCUGCAGGGAGGGAGAGGGCAUGGAACCGUGUAAACAUCGCACUUUACAGGCAGCUAAGAAGAAGGGGAAUAAGAAGGUUAAGACCCUAUCCCUGACUAACUUCCUGGCAGACGACAAGGGGGGUAAUGCACCCCCAAGUUACCCCCCCACCAAGCCCACUAGCAGCUGGGCCGACGAGACCGAUGACCUAGACACAGAGGUAUCCACCUCCUGGCAUACAGAGGAGGAUAUGUACCGGGCACCAGCCAUCGACCGCUCCAUCCUGCCCACAGCACCCCGUUCAGCCCGGGAGCCAAACGUUGACCGCUCUCGUAUUCCUCGCGGUCCCCCUUACACUGCCUUCCUGGGCAACUUGCCCUACGACGUGACUGAAGACUCCAUCAAGGACUUCUUCAGGAGUGUGGGGAUCAGUGCAGUGCGUCUUCCUAGAGAACCCAGUAAUCCAGACAGGCUGAAGGGUUUUGGCUAUGCUGAGUUUGAUGAUGUGGAAUCCCUCCUGAGUGCCUUGAGUCUAAACGAAGAGAACUUGGGAAACAGAAGGAUCCGUGUGGACAUUGCAGAUCAGUCUAAUGACAAAGGGAGGGAUAAUCACUCCAUGGGGGCUCGGGACAGGGACCGAGGGGGAGACUUUGGCCCAGACAAGACAGACUCUGACUGGAGGGCUCCGCGGCCCAGUGGAGGAGAGAGUGACGACGCGCCGUCUCGAAGAGACGACACCUUUGGAGACCGGUCACGGGACCGCUAUGAGUCAGACAGGCCCAGAGGAGAUAACCGGUACGGAGGGGGCCAGGACAGGUACAGGGAUCGAUAUGAUGACAGGGAUCGCAGAGAUGACAGAGGAGGUAGUUUUGACUGUCGUGGUGGUGGUGGUGGUCGCAGGGCAUUUGGCACUGGUUACAGACGUGAUGAGGGAGGACAGGAUAGCUACCGGCAAGAUGGCUACCGACAGGAUAGCUACCGACGAGAUGACUACCGGGGUAGUGGGGAUUGCUAUGGUGACCGUGGUGGUGACCGAUACGAGAGACGGGAGGAAAGCCGUUGUGACCGAGGUGCUGUGGAGAGGCCCAAGUUGAUCCUGAAACCCCGUAGCCUACCUAAAGAGGUGGAGCAGAGCAGCGCCCCGUCUGCCCCCUCGGACAGGGCUGCCUCCAUCUUCGGUGGGGCCAGGCCAGUGGACACGGCUGCCAAGGAGAGAGAGGUGGAGGAGAGGCUGAAGAGGGAACAGGAAAAACUGCAGCGACAGCUAGAAGACAGAAUCCCAGACCGCAAGCCCAGAGAGAGGCACCCCAGCUGGCGCAGUGAGGACCAACCUGCAGGACGCUCUCGGACUGGCAGUGAGUCUUCCCAACCAGGCAGCCGUGGCCAAUCUGGCAGAGCCUCCAAGCGCAGGGAGAGCGAGCGCUCGGCGGACAGUGGGCGUGAAGAGGAGCCCUCCUCCCCUGUGAUCGAACCCUCCCCUCCCAGACAAGACAGCCCGCCCCUAAAGGUGGUGCUCGCUCCACCUCCCAAGGAGAACGCCUGGGCCAAGAGGACCACGCUUGUUGGGGGCUCCAGUGAGGGCAAGGCCCGGCCACCGUCUCCCCCAGCAAUGGCACACCCCACAGCUCACCAGCUUAGCUGAUGAUGAAGUGCCUCAGGCAGAUGAAGAAGUUAAGCAUUGAUUGCUGACAAACUGAAUGUAACUGCUAUAUUCAGGUUUUAGGGAUUUUCAAACGUUUCAAUUGAAAAACGGAUCUACUUUUUCCCCAAUUCUCUUCAGAGGUCGAUCGCAGCAAAUAGAUACAGUAUGCAGCCUUGAUAUAAUGGACGCAGACCCGUAUGACAAUAUGGAGGACAAUGCAUAGGGAGGGUGAAUGAACAAAGUGAAGAAGAUGGAAGAUGCAAAGAAUGAAGUCUGCCCAGCAACCUGGCUGGAGCAGCUCUACAGCUCUCUUCCUGCUAAGCUGCUUAAAGAGAAACCCACCCCACUGCUGGCUGGCUGCACCUUCAAGACUGGACCUAAACAUAGAGAAAUACUAGUCUGGGUACCAGUCUUUUUAGCUAACAUUCUACUUCUUGCCACUCCUGACAAUUUGCCAAAUCUUUGGCAAGGAGUUGUAUGUAAUAUAUCUUAACAGAGACAGCAACCAGGCUAGAGAAAUGCUGGAUGGGUUUUUAAUAAGGUUGAAUUUAAGUCAUUAUAUAAAAAAAAUUAAAAGGUGGGGUUGAGAAAUGUAUAGCUACGUGCGUCUUCACCACCCGCCAGUCUAGAUUCUGGACUAUGUAGGCUCUCUGAGCUCUAAACCUGGUUAUACUAAUGCUGGAACGCCUAUCUCAGAGGGACAGACCGGAGUUUUAAAUAAAAAGAAAAGACAGGAAAGUCCCCUGUUUUAGGGGGCUUUUGCUGACAUCCUGGAGUAUACUGUAGUCUGAGGGGAUCCUGAGGAGUGUGCUGUAGGGGGCUUUUGCUGACAUACAUGAACAAUUUUUUUUUACUAUGAGGGAUGUGAUGUUUGUGUUUCUCUGAUCAUCAUAUGUAGCAGUCAUUCACUGGAUUUUUUUCAGCCACUGCCCCAAUACACUGCCAAUGGCUUCCUGCUUCCUCUCCAGAAAGGAACCGCUUCCUUUCUUCCGCCUCAUCCGGACCUGCCUGAAAGUCAUCGCCUGGCAACCAUGUCAUGAAAAAAUGGUGUGAACUGUGUCCUAAACGUAUUGGAGGCAUGAUCUUCACUCACUCUUAUCCAUGGGCCAUGUGUUGACUGGAAUUUAAUGCAGAGGGUGUUUUAACAUUGUAUAUACUGUAUGUAACCCCACUAUCACAAGUGAAGAAGCACAUCUCAUUAAAUGUUUCUGGAUGUUUGUUUCUCUAUGUAACAUGCAUGGCUGUGGAACCACACUCAUGUGGUUCUUUAAGCCAUGGGAAUGUCGAGAUGCAUUUAAUCAACUCCAUAUGGGUAGGUCACAGAGUGGGAGAGAUUUCCCAAAUUGGAUGUAAGGAAUGUAUUUUAUGGUAUACCACUGCUAAAUUAUGCAGUUUUGAUUUUCUGAAUCUAACCCCUCACUUCACAGCUUAAAGCAUUAUUCACCCAUUUUUCAGUUUCUUCUGUUGAACUGGGCUAUAAGUUUCUCUGUCACAUUUUAGGUUAUCUUGUUCACUUCAAAUAGAUGAAAAUACAAUAUUUGACUAUU